AUGUCUGAAGCUAGCGAACCUAAAUUAGAAAGCAAAUCGGAAGAUUUGCAGAGAAGUACAUUUGCCACGCCAUCAACCACAGCAGCUCCAACUGUUGAUGAUGAUGACGAUGACGAACCAUCUGGAGGAAAGACCCAGAAGGAGAGAAGAAAGAUUGAAAUCAAAUUUAUCCAAGACAAAUCCAGAAGACACAUCACGUUUUCAAAGAGAAAAGCUGGUAUUAUGAAGAAGGCCUUUGAAUUGUCAGUGUUGACCGGUACUCAAGUCUUGUUGCUUGUUGUUAGUGAAACUGGUUUGGUUUACACAUUUACCACACCAAAGUUGCAACCUUUGGUCACCAAGUCUGAAGGUAAGAAUUUGAUUCAGGCUUGUUUGAACGCUCCCGAAGAAGGCAUGGGAGAUGAAAAUGGAGAUCAGUCUGAUGAUAACUCACCAGAACAGCUGCCAGAACAGCUGCCUGCUCCACCAUUAGCACAACAUCAACAACCACAACAACAGCAACACGAUCAAGCAUCAGUUGCUGCCCAACAACAUCAUCAACAACAGCAAGCGGCAGCAGCUCAAGCUGCUCAUCGUCAUGCUCAGCAAGUUCAAUCUCAAGUGCAACAAUUACCUCCUGGGAGCCACUUACCUCAGCAUGGCAUGCCAUUCCCAGGAGCUGGUCAUCCUCAUGCUGGUAUGCACCCAAUGCCCCAACAAUCUUUUAGCGAUCCAAAUGUUUAUCAGCAAUAUUUUUCAAAUAUGCAAAAUGGUAAUAUGCCAAAUCAGCAACCAUAUCAAUAA